UUAUUUGCAUACGGCUGAUCCCAGAAUAAAUAUUCUCUCAGUCAUACGGGACCCAACACAUCUUCUCUGAAGAGCUCAGAAGCGUCUCCCUUCUUCUCUAAAAUUCAUCAUGGCGUCUGCGGCACUGAGGGUGUUCAUCUUCUGCCUGCUUCAACUGUGUAUUCAAUGUGAUGAGAUGCCAGUGAACACUGAAGUUCUUGCUGAAAUGAUCCAGUAUUUUGAUAACAAGUUACAGCCAACCUGGUACGAUCAACGUGGUAGAAUCGGGUAUAGUCAGUAUGCUGUCCUCAUCAGGGUCCCAUAUCAACAGUGUACAGGACAGUUUAGUCUUGAUUCAGUCUUCACGAACGAAGUGAGAAAUGCCUUCAAUGAUUUCAAGACUAAUAGUCGACAAAGGUUUUAUGAAGUCACCCGAGGCUCAGUCAGACUCACCGCUGCAAAGCCGAGCCGACCUUUAGGUUCUGAAGAAAAUGACCAUGCUGAGUUUAUUCUUAUCUAUCAUAGAGAUUACACAAAUAGAUCUCCUCUGGAAAAGAUUUUGAGCAUGAACAAUGAUGAUAAGUGUGUAGUUUUGUAUACUUACUACUCACCUUGCAUAGAAAAGUGCAUUAAUGGUGCAUAUGACAAUAUAUUGGAUGGUCUUUCAUUCUGGCAAGAAAGCCAGACAACUGGGAUUAAAGCUUUUGUUUUCCAAGAGAUCUGGCCCAAUGACUCGACUGGUGUGCCAGAGGAUCAGCAACAGCAGUUUACAAAGAUUAAUAAUCUAGUGCCUCUCUAUCGGUGUGUGUAUGAUGAUGAUAAUGAAAUGGAAUGUUAUAAGUGUGGAGAUGCUGGCAGUGAGACGUUACAUGCAUAUUGUGUGUCCUAAAAUGCAUUUUAUGUCAAUAAUCAUACAGUAGUAUGUUAAUGAAUGAUUUUCAAGUAACUCUGUCUUGCUUUAUAAAUAAAUAAACUUGUUUUGUCCAUGUGGCUGUGUUCGUCAGAAGA